AGGAACAUUUAAAAGAUCUUGAAGAAGAAAUAGCCAAACGUUUAGAGGAGAAUUCAAAGAAAGACGACGAAGAUGUCAACGAAUCAGAUAAUGAGACAGAAGAUGAAGAUGCUCAAAGUUUCAGUACGAUCGGAAACAUUUUAAAGGGAACCAAAGACACUACUUUACAUGUAGGAGGUAAACUAAAAGACAGAGUCAAGGAGAAUGUCGAUGACGUAAGUAAGAAUAUACUUAAACUUGGGGAUAGAAGCAUCAAGAUAAAGGACGAGCUGUUAGGAAUAGGAUCAGAAGUGUUAGGAAAAGGAUUAGGAGCCGUCGGUCAGAUGCAAGAGAUAAUUACGGACAUCGCUCAAAAAAUGAAAGAUCCGCUUAACAAAAUACGCGACAGUUUUAAAGAGAAGGCUAAAAAAAUUGUUACAGAACUUGAAAGCAAAGCCAGAGAGGCCACAGGAAAAUUGAGAGAAAAGUUGGUAGAAAAGAUUGCCGUCUUAAAGGAAGACAUAAAAAUAAUUGAAAGCAAAUUAGAAAACCAAAUUAGUAAGUUAAAAGAAGUUACCGAAAAAUUGAUAGUCGAGAUGAAGAGCAAGGUUCAGAAACUGGUAGAGGAAAUUAAAAAUGUUUUAAAAAAGCUUAAUGAAUUGUCGACAGAAAUCAGUGAGAAGAUAAAAGAAAGAGUUAAAGAUCUUCUACGCAUUAUUCUGGACAUCAAAGGAGAUGUUAAAGGAAAGCUUGAAGACAUUGGAGACAAAGUGAAAGACAAAUCUAAAGAUCUUUUAGACAAAUCUAAAGAUCUUUUGGGCAAUCUUAAGGGAAAUGCCGAAGAAAAAAUCAAAGACAUCAAAGAUAAGUUAAAGGAAAAUAUUCUCGCUAAUGCCGACGAGUUUAAAAAUAUUAUUGUGAAGAUCGAAGGACAAUUAAAGAAUUCAAUGCAAUCUAUUCAGAAUAAGGUCAAGGAGAUCACAGAAAGUACCAACGAAACAUUAAAGAAGUUGCGUGAAAAUUCUCAAGAUAUAAUUAAAAAACUCGACGGCAAUUUUAGAGAAGUCUUUGAGACAAUAAAAGAAAAAGCUAAGGACGUCAAAGAUGAUCUUAAAGAAACGCUCGAGAAGCUUGCUACAGAAGUGAAGGAAAAACUUAAAAACAUUCCGGAAAUAAUCGAUAUCAUUAAAGAAAAGGUCGAGAAGAUCGCCAAAGAUUUAGGAAUUGCAAUGGAAGACUCACUAAAGAAUCUCAAAAAUCACAGUGAGAAUAUCAAAAAGAAGAUUGAAAAUAAUGUAAACAACUUGAAGAACAAGAUCGGUAAAGAUGCCAAGGACAUCACGGAGGAAGUCACGGAAAACUUGGAUGAUGCAAUCAGUGAUUCUUAACUAAGGCUUCUGGGAACAAUUUCUCUUUGUAGCAAGAUCCUCUACAAAUUAUGACUUAUGACACGACGUUCAUCAAAACUACGCAUUUACCGAAAAGAAAAA